AUCGGCCGCGAGACGGAACGUGUUUGGCGCAUCAUUAAGCGUGAUGUAGACGAAUGGUUUGAGAGUCGUGGUGGGGAUGAUGAGGGACCGGAAAAGCGUCUUUUGGUUGGGACACCUGGUAUAGGGAAAUCAAUGGGGACUGGCUCGUAUCUCCUCUACCAACUGCUGCACUAUGACGAGGAACUGCUUGCAGUGGUUGCAUACGUCAUUAAAGAUUACGUGUUUAUCUUUCACAAAGCCAGAGGUGAAGNUAUCAACUGCUGCACUAUGACAAGGAACGACUUCCUUUUGUUGCAUACUUCAUUGGUAAAAAAGUGUAUAUCUUUGACAAAACCAAAGGUGAAGAACAAGGACGCGUGA